AUGAGUACUUUUGGCGCCCCCGGACAGCUGCCCUCGACGAAACCGAGGCCACCACAGCGUGGAAGUUUCCCACUCGAUCACGAGGGCGAAUGCAAGUCCGUCAUGUCAGAAUAUCUAGCAUGUAUGAAGAAGGCUCGAGGCGUCAAUGAGCACGAGUGUCGCAACCUGGCCAAGUCUUAUCUCUCCUGCAGAAUGGAUCGGAAUUUAAUGGCGAGAGACGAAUUCAAGAACUUGGGUUUCGCGGAUGCCAAGUCAGCGAAUGGCGGCGAAACCGAACAAGGCGUCAAGGUGAUUAUUACCCGACCUCGCUGCGGUUCGCGAUCAUCCCAGCCCAACUAUCUACAUCCGUUCAAAUCACUCCUACCCAUACGUUUCCCUUUUACCCGUCAGCUUAUACUCGUUACGUCUUUGUUUGGCCCAACCAGCUGCGAUGUGGACUUCUCGCGAGCCGCGGCCGCGCAAGUUGCCCCAAUUGUAGCCAACUACCUCGCCGACCUGCGUACUAAUCGAACGCCGCGACCUGGAGGUGCCCGUCCUCAACCUCAACCUUCGCAUCCCAUCGAACCCUCACGAUCGCUCGCCGGCCGAUUUAGCCUUGAUGCUUCGUCGUUGCAAUCCCAACCUGGCAAAACACCUGAUCAAAGCCGUGUACCGGAUCAAAAUCGCGUACCUUCCCACGCACCGAGCGUCGGCGCUUUCAGCAUGUCGUCACGCUAUUCCACCAUGAGCGCUCGGGGUCGGGACUAUUAUCCCGACAAGCCUACCGCCGCGGGUCCUCUCAAGCCGUCCGAAGUUGUUCCUACAGCCACCUACAUGGAGAGAGGCCAGCGAUGGAUGGAAAAGGAAGAAGCUUUUUCUCUGCGCGAUGCUAUGGAGCAAAUGAAUGUCCGAGACAGCACGGGACGUGAGACCCCAGACGACGAAAGCCGCAUAUAUCAGGCUGCCCUGGAUGAAGCAGCGGAGCUGGUUUGGCAGCAUCAAAACGGAGGCGGUGAAGCGCCCCGUCCCGAUGGCCCUUACCGCUACCGCCCACAUCUGAGAAAAGACAGCUACGCUCAUGCUCGCACCGCUAGCAUCGGUACAUACGGCAACGACAUUGCUGCUACGGGCAUGCGACGUGAUCCCGGAUACCGCUCUAUCAGCAACAGUUCAAACGAGAGCGAACUCAAUAGCUCCAGCCUCCGCCAGUCUUUAGAUCUGAGCCAGACAACUGUGGGCUCAGCCCAUCACAGCAGUCAGCGCCGCAAGACCUACGGUGGGAUUGGACUCGGCUCCGUUCCUGGCGGCAAACGCAAGAGCAGCAGGAACCGCAACAUCAGUGGAGAGGUCAAUAAUCCCUUCUCAGCGGACCAGAUCUGGGAAGAGCCUGGCACCACGACAAAACGGCCGAGCUCAGACAUGGCUUCUUUGCCGCGCCGGACUCUUGGCAGUGUGCCGCAAAGCCCAGCGGGCCAGCGUCUUCCCGCCGCUGUUACGGGGGAUACUGUGGCCAAGCUUCGAAACCGCAUCGAGAUCCAUCACAACCCUCCCAGCCAAUCUCACAAUGGCCUGUACACGACCAAUACACGGACUGUUCCGCGACAGGAUGAUCAGGUGGAACGCAAGAAUGGGGUUGAGGUUCGCGGCCAGGAUAUUCGCGAGGCAACGAGCAUGCGGUUAAAAGACCGAAGUCCCAGGCUCCCCGAGCCUACUGCCGUUAGCGACCGUCCGGGGCGACCCAUUGUAAGCUUUGAUACUAACUGGAAGCCUCCGGGCGACACCACUGAUGCCAAAUCAGACCGCCAAGCAACCCCGACGGCGACAUUCAACAGGAAGCAGCCACAGUCUCUCGCGGGUCGGAAGCUGGUUGAUGUACCUUCGAUCCUUGUUCCUGGCCAAGGCUCAGCGCCCGUCCAACCGCCCGUCCAACCGCAAGCACGCGCGGAGAUCCCUACAAUCAGCAUAAGUACUGAUCGUGGCUCUCCAAGCAGUAGGUCUAUCCCGACAGUCAAUAUCCCUACCAUUUCUGUUGAUGAGGCCACGCCUGGUGGUCGCAUUGUGCCUACCAUCAACAUUCCGACCAUUUCUGUGGGUGGUGACGAUGCUUCCACUACCACCAUCCCUGUGAUUGUCACACCCGACGACGAACCAGCCGCCAGCAAAGCAAGCGGCAGCAAAUCGGCCGCCAAUUCAAGGGCGCUUCCUUCCCCCGCGUCCCGCAAUCUCAAGCAACGUCUGAACCCGAAGCAGCGCAGUCACUGGUCUCCGGCCCCGGACGCCCGGUUCCGAGGCAAGACAUUGUGCCACGAGUGUUCGUUUCCGAUUGAGGGGAGAUUUGUCGCUCUCGCCGGCAUCUCCGAGCGCUUCCAUCCGCAGUGCUUCACCUGUUUUUCGUGUAACAUUACUUUAGAAGCCAUGGAGAUUAGCCCCGAGCCAGAAGUGGCGCGAAACGCACGUCUGGAGCGUAUUAAGCGCCGACAAGCGGGUGAGGACAUUGACGAGGUGCCCGGCGAGACCGAGGAAGAAGACGGCGACGAGCGCCUACGUUUCUACUGCCACCUCGACUGGCACGAGCAGUUUGCGCCGCGCUGCAAGCACUGCGAAACGCCAAUCAUCGGGGAGCACAUUGUCGCCCUCGGUGCGCACUGGCACUAUGGGCACUUUUUCUGCGCUGAAUGUGGUGAUCCCUUUGAGCACGGCAUGACGCACAUUGAAAAGGAUGGCUACGCGUGGUGCAUCAAGUGCCAGACGCAACGCACCGAGCGCCGCGCGCCCAAGUGCAAGCGCUGCAAAAAGGGUGUCGUGGGCCAGUACAUUCAGGCCCUGGGCGGCGAGUGGCACGACGAGUGCUUUCGCUGCGCCGAGUGCAAGGGAAGUUUUGACGACGGGCAAGUUUUUCCCCGCGAUGACGGCAGCAUCCUGUGUACGAGCUGUCGUAUGAUUGAGCUGAAACGAUGA